CAAACCUCUCCCCAUAGCAGAAACCCCCUAUCCAAUUUUCACAGCACUCACACAUUUCAUCUCUCAUGGCGUCUCCCUCUCUUACUUCUCUCUCUUCGGUUCUGAAUCAACAACACUGUAUAAACCUCCCCAGACGUUGCUCCAUUCUCACUCUCAGAUUCUUCUCCUCGAAUCCAUGCCAUUUUUCUCCGGCGAUUUCCGCCGCCCGCAUCGUCUGUAGCCGGCGUUCAUUCGGGCGGAGCUCCGCCUCAGCUUUCUCACACAGAUUUUCCAGAAGCUUCUCGCAGUCUCAAUGUCAACCUCCGAUUUCCAUAGGCGGCAAGUUAUCGGAAAUUCCAGCUCUCCACCAUUUCAUGCCCAAAGCAAGUGCCGCUGUCACAGAUGCUGCUGUUUCCGAUCUCCAUCUCGACUCGAUAGCACUGUCUGAUGUUCUUCCAAGUGGUCGGAUAUACCAUGAAACUUAUGGAUGCCAAAUGAAUGUUAAUGACAUGGAGAUUGUCCUAUCUAUCAUGAAGAAAGCUGGAUAUAGUGAAAUCGUGGAAGCUCCCGAGAGUGCAGAGAUUAUAUUUAUAAACACAUGUGCGAUCAGAGACAAUGCAGAACAAAAGGUGUGGCAGAGACUUAAUUAUUUUUGGUUUCUGAAAAGGCAGUGGAAGAAAAAUGUUGCUAUAGGAAGGUCUCAGUCCUUGCAUCCUCCGAAAGUCGUUGUACUGGGGUGUAUGGCUGAGAGGCUGAAGGAUAAAAUAUUGGACGCAGAUAAGAUGGUUGAUGUUGUUUGUGGGCCCGAUGCUUAUCGAGACUUGCCGAGGCUGUUAGAAGAAGUAGACUCGGGCCAGAAAGGGAUCAACACACUUCUUUCACUUGAAGAAACUUAUGCUGAUAUCAAUCCAGUGCGUAUCGCAAAGAAUUCAAUAAGUGCGUUUGUCUCUAUAAUGAGGGGUUGCAAUAACAUGUGCUCGUUUUGCAUUGUUCCUUUCACAAGAGGCCGAGAGCGAUCUCGUCCGGUCGAGUCCGUUGUUAGAGAGGUGGGAGAGCUUUGGAAGGAAGGUGUCAAAGAAGUAACUCUUCUUGGGCAAAAUGUGAACAGUUAUAACGACACUUCUGGUGUUGAAGAGGUUGAAUCUGGAACAAACUGGAAGUAUAGUGAUGGAUUUAACAGCAUUGCCAAAGUAAAAAAUGUGGGUUUGCGCUUUGCUGACCUACUCGACAGACUUGCAGUUGAAUACCCAGAGAUGCGAUUCAGAUACACUUCACCUCACCCAAAAGAUUUUCCUGAUGACUUGUUGUAUGUCAUGCGAAAUAGAAAUAAUAUAUGCAAAAGCAUCCAUUUGCCUGCACAAUCAGGCAGCAGUUCAGUACUGGAAAGGAUGCGGAGGGGAUAUACCGGAGAAGCAUACUUGGAACUUGUUAAAAAGAUACGCGAUAUAAUUCCUGAGAUCGGGAUAAGCAGUGAUUUCAUAUGUGGUUUCUGUGGGGAAACGGAGGAGGACCACCAGGACACUCUAAACCUAGUAAAAACUGUUGGCUACGAUAUGGCAUAUAUGUUUGCUUACAGCAUGAGAGAGAAAACCCAUGCCCACAGAAACUAUGCCGAUGAUGUUCCUGAAAAUGUAAAGCAAAGAAGAUUAACAGAACUUAUUGAAACUUUCCGUGACAGCACAGGCCAAUGUUAUGACUCCAAAAUCGGCUCAGUCCAACUUGUAUUAGUCGAAGGGCCCAAUAGAAGGGCACCCGAAACAGAGCUAAUCGGAAAGAGUGAUAGAGGCCACAGAGUAUCGUUUACUAAUACUCCAAUUCCAGAUAGAGACAACAAUGAUGUUAGACGGAGUCCAAAAGUCGGUGAUUUUGUCGAAGUUAAUGUACUGAAAUCCACUAGGGCAUCUCUUCAUGGAGAAGCAGUUGCUAUCACAAAAUUGAGCUCGUUUUAUGCUGAUAUGCAUGAAGAAAGUCUUGCUUGUGUUAAUACAGCUUAGAACUUAUUAUGUCAAGAAUUUUGGCUACAUUUAAUUUUUUUUUGUUCUUCGAGAAAGCGCAAGUCCGAUUUGCUUGGUUUUAUGGGAUUUCUUGGCCCGUUUGGUGCAUCGUGACAUUCAUCAUGGAAAACCGGAGGUUGGAUUUCGCAGGUAAUAAUUACAAUCCAGCUACAUAUGUUUAUUUUGUUUAGCAGUUUAUUUGUAACUUAAUUAAUAUUGAUAUGUUUUGGGCAGCUGAGUCUAUAUAUUAUGGACUGUGUAGAUAUUCCCUA